CUUCCUUUCUCCUCUCCUCUUCCUUUCCCCCUUCCUUUCUUCUCCUCCUUCUUCAACAUGACAUCAACCUCUGAACCUCAGGGCAAUCUGGCCACUACAUCCGCUGCCUCUGAGCCUGCCGCCACCGCCACUGCCCAACAUGCCUCGCGAGGACAGUCCACCUCCUCCUCCUCCACCGCCGCCGAACUCGCCAGUGCAAAGAUAAGCCUGGAGAAGUCCCUCCGCCGCUUCCCCGACUUCCCCAUUCCCGGCAUUAACUUCCUGGAUAUCAUGCCAUGGUUCCUCGACCCGAACGUCCACGCCACCCUGCUCCGCUCUCUCGAGCUCCAGCUCCAGCACUUCGGCACUGACGGCAACUCCAUCAAGCCUGAUGUCGUCGUCGGCCUUGACGCCCGCGGUUUCCUCUUCGGGCCCUCCCUUGCCCUGCGCCUUGGUGCUAGCUUCGUUCCCGUCCGGAAGCAGGGUAAGCUGCCCGGGCCCUGCGUCACCGCCCAGUACACCAAGGAGUACGGCGUCGACUAUUUCCAAAUGCAGGAGGGCUCUAUCGCCAAGGGACAAAAGGUCCUCAUCGUGGACGACAUCAUUGCUACUGGUGGUUCUGCUGCAGCUGGAGGCGACCUCGUCAAGCAGCUCGGAGGCACCUUGAUCGGCUACCUCUUCAUCGUCGAGAUUCCCUUCCUCAAGGGCCGCGACAAGCUCGACAAUGUCCCGGUCGUGACCCUGCUCGACAUCAACGAGUAA